CAAUCCCAUUGCUUUCCAGCUUUACCCGAUCAUGCCUAAGUAUGGAGUAAAUAGCAACCGGGCCUAGUAUGUAUGAAGUAAUUGUAGUGGGAAGCAAGAUGCCAGCAAACUGUGAAUAUAUAGCUUGUUAGCUCCGAGCGUAAUUCUAUUUCUUUACUAUUUCUCUCUCUCUCUCUCUCUUUCUCUUUCUCUUCUGUCUCAAUCAACCUCCAACUUCUCAUCCGUCACCACCUCCCUCUAAAUCAACCACAACCAAAAUGUCUGAAAAGGUCCCCGUCCUCACCUCCAACGCUCCCAAGCCCCUCCCCGGCAUCUACAGCCAGGCCAUCAAGGCCAAUGGCCUGGUCUUUGUCUCUGGAGCCGUGCCCAUGGACCCCGUCACCAUGGAGCUCAUUCCCGGUGACAUCCAGGCUCACACCCACCAAUGCAUCAAGAACCUGUCUGCCAUCCUCGAGGCCGCCGGCACCACCCUCGAGAAGGUCGUCAAGGUCAACGUCUUCCUCGCCGACAUGGCCGACUUUGCCAAGAUGAACGAGGUCUACAGCACCUACUGGGGCGACGUCAAGCCCUGCCGAACAUGUGUCGCCGUCAAGACUCUGCCCCUGAACACCGACGUCGAGAUUGAGUGCACUGCUCUUCUGUAA